AGGUACGCAGUAUCAGUUACUAUCAACGACCCCACCGAUAUCACUGAACUGAUCUUCAAGGGCGAAAACGCGAGGUACGCAGUACCAGUUACUAUCAACGACCCCACCGAUAUCGCUGAACUGAUCUUCAAGGGCGAAAACGGUGAGGAAGCAAAAUUUGGUAUUACCAUACCGACUAAACGUCCAUCUGAAACACUCGCGCAGCCUUUCAAAGAGACGUUCGAACUAUCGUUCAUGCCAAAGGCUUUGGAAGCUCCGGGUGCCAAAACCCCACCACAGUCGCCAUGUGGCGACCGCGCCAUAGGCGUUUGUAAAUCGAACGUAAAGGGUAAGACUGAAUUUUAUGAUUAUUGA